AUCCAGAUUUAUUCUUAAAUUUUAAAAAUUUAUUUUUGACAUCAUGUAAUGUGUUUAUUAAAAAUCUUCCUGGCUAUUCUUUCACUUUAAAUUGACUGAAAAUACUAUUUAUUGUAUAUAAUUUAUAAUUAGUGAAAAAUUAUUUCAAAUGUUUUGAUUAAUAAGCUUCUAUUAUAUAAUUGCUAGACAAUCACUCGAAUUAAGAGAUUUAAUUGGUUCAAUACCUUAUGUUUAACCUUUUACCCUAUUCAAUGUUAUUAUUGUUGUAAAAUUAACGUAGAAUACAAACAAUGUGUCAAUUAUUUACUUGUUAUAUACAAUAUCAUUACAUCAAUGGGGAAAUUACUAUAGAUUUUAUUCGUAAUACUUUUGCUUGUAAAUUAUCAUAAUUCACAAAAGAUGUAUAUUAUUCUGUAAAUGGAUGAUGAUGAACUUAUCCAAACCCUUGAGUCGCUUAACCUUAGACCUACCAAAGUUGAAAAAGGAAGAUUUGGUGAAUCUUAUUUCACAGACGAAUCAACUGGAGGGAAAUAUAUAAUCCCAUCCAAAAGACCAGAUGGAACUUAUAGAAAGGAGAUUAAGAUAAGGCCUGGCUACGUUCCACCGGAGGAACGUCAGCUUUAUGUUCCAUUACACAGAAGAACCCAAACCAAUCAGGACUGUACACCUCCCAAUAAUUCAAAUUUUAAUGAAUCGAACAAUAAAUUGAGUAAUAAAGAAGAGUUAAAUAAAACUGAACCUAAGAAGGAACACAAAACUUCAAGUCUAGGAUCUAAACAAACUGUUACAUCUGGAUUAAAAAAUAACUCAAAACCGCCAAAACAGUCAAAAUAUAAUAGUCGCAACAGAAAACCUCCCCCUAAUAAUAAUUCAAACCCUAAAGAUGAUAAAACAACUUCUGAACCAAAUAAAAAUGGUGAAAAUAAGAAUAAGGUUACCAAUUCUGGUAAGAAAAUUAUAAAUAAUGGGUAAUAUCAGGAUUUUAAUCUUCAUCCAAAUCAUAAAUUUAACAGUAAUAUGUACCCGAUCU